UGCCUAUAAAAAGGGAAGCUAAUUUCCAAGACUUCCAAGUUGCGAGUUUAAGCAACCAUAGAAAGACAAAGGCAUUUAUUACAACCUUACUCUCCUUUUCCUGUCUUUCUUUUUCAGUAUUGUGGUGCUUCUUUCUUUCUUUAACAGCUAAAAUAUUCAGAAACAUGGAAGGGAAGAUGAGUUGGACGGUGGCGGAUGCGGUGGACUACAAGGGUUUCCCGGCUGACAGAUCCAAAACUGGUGGUUGGAUGCCAGCUGCACUCAUUCUAGGGAUUGAGAUCUGUGAGAGGUUGUCAACAAUGGGGAUUGCAGUUAACCUUGUGACAUACUUGGGAGGAACACUGCAUUUGCCAAGUUCAACUUCAGCCAACGUAGUCACAGAUUUCAUGGGCACAUCUUUUCUCUUGUGUUUGCUUGGUGGCUUUCUUGCUGAUACAUUCCUCGGCAGAUACAAGACAAUUGCCAUAUUUUCCAUCAUACAAACACUUGGGACUGGCACAUUAGCAUUGGCUACAAAGCUGCCACAGCUACGCCCACCACCAUGCCAUGGAUCCCAUACAUGCAAACAAGCCAAUGGAUUUCAGAUGGGGAUUUUAUACAUCGCUCUGUAUCUAAUUGCACUAGGCACUGGUGGCCUGAAAUCCAGUGUCUCAGGAUUUGGAACUGAUCAGUUCGAUGAAAAAGAUGAAAAGGAGAAAUCCCAAAUGGCUUAUUUUUUCAACAGGUUCUUCUUUUUCAUCAGUACUGGAACCUUGAUGGCGGUCACAGUGCUUGUUUACAUACAAGAUGAAGUUGGUCGGAGCUGGGCUUACGGGAUCUGCUCAGUCUCCAUGUUUGUAGCCGUUUUGAUAUUUUUAUCAGGGACCAAAAGAUACAGAUACAAGAAAAGCUUGGGAAGUCCAAUAGUUCAGAUUUUCCAAGUUAUUGUAGCUGCAAUAAAUAAGAGGAAGAUGAAACUACCUUACAAUGUCGAAUUAUUAUACGAAGACACUCCUGAAACUUCAAGAAUCCAUCAUACAGAUCGAUUUCGGUUCUUGGACAAGGCCGCCAUUGUUGGGGAAGGUGAUCUUGAGAGAAACGUUGGGCCUGCUGCUGCUCCAAAUCCUUGGAAACUUAGCCCAGUCACAAGGGUCGAGGAAGUGAAAAUGAUGGCGGCGCUUCUCCCAAUAUGGGCCACAACCAUCUUAUUUUGGACCACUUACGCACAAAUGAUGACCUUUUCAGUGGAGCAAGCCUCCACCAUGGAAAGAUCAGUUGGAGGUUUCCAAAUUCCUGCAGGUUCCCUCACUGUCUUCUUUGUGGCAGCUAUAUUGAUCACUCUGGCUGUUUAUGACCGUCUCGUUAUGCCAUUAUGGAAGAAAUGGAAAGGAAAACCAGGUUUCAGCAGCCUACAGAGAAUUGCCUUAGGCUUAGCACUAUCAACUAUGGGAAUGGCAUCUGCCGCAGUAGCCGAGGUGAAAAGACUGGAAGUGGCUCGAGCCACGGGUGCAAGUGCAACGACUGGAACCCUGCCUGUAACAGUGUUCAUAUUGAUCCCACAGUUCUUCCUAGUGGGUGCCGGUGAGGCUUUCAUUUACACAGGCCAGCUUGAUUUCUUCAUCACUCAAUCUCCCAAAGGAAUGAAAACCAUGAGCACUGGUUUGUUCCUCACAACACUGUCUCUGGGUUUCUUCGUCAGCAGUCUGCUGGUAUCAGUGGUGAAAAGCGUGAUGGGAGGCAGCAAUGGUGGACAAGGAUGGCUGGCUGAUAACAUAAACCACGGCAGACUUGACUGCUUCUAUGGACUUUUAGCCGUUUUGGGGGUCAUAAAUUUUGCUCUAUAUAUUGUUUCAGCAGUAUGGUUCAAGCCCAGGAAAUCCAAACCAGCUACUCUACAAAUGGACACCAUUGUUAAUGGCUCCUCUACUGCUGAGAAUAAGUGCUAAACUACUUCAGGGAUUGCAAUAUAUGGGUGUUUUUUUUUAAGCUUGUUUUUCGCCUUUGUGUAUUAAGAUUUGGUUCCAUUUCUCUCUCUUUUUCUUCUUUUUAAUAGAAAAGCAAAUUUUUAAGUACA